UAUUAUAUUUUUCUUAUGCCUCUUUCCCUAAUUUCUUCUUUAUAUUUUCAAUUUAUUUUAGUAGAACCUAUUUUUCAAAAAUAUUUUCAAUCUCCAAUUUUCCUCAGUUUUAAUUCUCUCCUAUUUAUUUUUAAUGUCUUGAUUUUAUUGCGGCGCUCAUUUCGCUUAGAGAGUUCACCAUCCCUUAGCUUCCCUUUCCCUCCUGCUUUUUCUCUUCUCCCAAUAUUCCCCGUUGGCGCCUCUUCACUAUUUUUAAAGUUUUGUUGCAUUGCGCAAUUGGAUGUUUUUUUAUUUAGUAAAAAAAAAAGGGAAAGAUUGAAUAAUUGA